CAGGCGAUAACAAACGCAGUCUGGCAUAUUAUCUCCAUGCUUUAUAAUAAAACAAAACAUUCUUCCUACUCGCUGUAUAGACAUUUUUCAAAAGUAAUAGUGAAAUUUAUGUCACUCCGUGAUGUGUUAUCUUUGCGUCCUAACUUAUUAUCUGGCGCAAUGCAUUAUGGGACAUACGAAUUUUCUGCUGCCCCUAGUCAAGGUCCGUUGCCAUAGUUACCACAGACAGCGGGAGAGGGCGAGACAGCUUCACGUGACCAAGCAAGAUGGCGACCACAUUGUUGAAUUGAUGCUCGUGUGGUCUUGAGGGGUCCGGAAUUUGGACGUGAUUUUCUUUUCUAUUGUUCACCAUCAUCGUUAUCAGAAUCACAAUGGCCCUCAAUGUCUUUGAUCAUGAUGAAUACAGGCCACCGGUAUGGAAGUCUUACUUGUAUCAGCUCCAGCAAGAGGCGCCACACCCACGUCGAUUGACCUGCACUUGUGAGGUGGACAAUCGACCCAAAUACUAUGGAAGAGAAUAUCACGGGAUGAUUUCCAGAGAGGAAGCCGACCAGCUUCUGAGUCAGGCCGAAGGCAGCUACCUCAUUCGAGAGAGUCAAAGGCAGCCGGGCACAUAUACACUGGCGCUGAGGUUCGGGAGCCAGACGAGAAACUUCCGUCUUUACCAUGAUGGGAAGCACUUUGUUGGAGAGAAGCGGUUCGAGUCCAUCCAUGACCUGGUCACAGAUGGCCUCAUCACACUUUACAUUGAAACCAAGGCAGCAGAGUACAUCGCCAAAAUGACUAUCAACCCUAUCUAUGAGCACGUGGGCUACACUACACUGAACCAGGAACCCACACUGAAGAAACACGUGCCACACAGCAUGGAGGCCCCCGAUGGCCCGGCUCCCAUCAAAGAUGAUCGCAACACUGAGGAGAGGCUCACAUCGCUGGUGCGACGAGCCACGUUGCGGGAGAGUGACAUGGUGCCCAAAUAUGAGAAGGUUCACAACUUUAAGGUACAUACAUUUCGUGGCCCUCACUGGUGUGAGUAUUGCGCCAACUUCAUGUGGGGGCUCAUCGCUCAAGGUGUCAAAUGUGCAGACUGCGGGUUGAAUGUCCACAAGCAGUGCUCAAAGGUUGUGCCCAACGACUGCCAGCCAGACCUUCGUCACGUCAAGAAGGUGUACAGCUGUGACCUGACCACCCUGGUCAAAGCGCACAACACCAAAAGGCCCAUGGUAGUCGACAUGUGCAUCCAAGAAAUUGAAGCCCGAGGUCUCCAGUCAGAGGGUCUGUAUAGAAUAUCCGGCUUCAGCGAGCUAGUUGAAGACGUCAAGCUGACGUUUGAUAGAGAUGGCGAGAAGGCAGAUAUCUCAUCGAGCGUAUAUGAGGACAUCAACAUCAUCACUGGCGCGCUCAAGCUCUACUUCAGAGAGCUACCCAUUCCCCUCAUCACAUAUGAUGCCUACCCACGCUUCAUCGAGUCUGCAAAGAUCACAGACCCAGAAAAGCGGCUGGAAUCCCUCCACGAGGCUCUCAAGCUACUGCCGCCAGCUCACUGCGAGUCGUUGCGGUACCUCAUGGCGCACCUCAAAAGGGUGACCCAGUACGAAAAGGACAACCUCAUGUCCAGUGAGAACCUUGGAAUCGUCUUUGGACCCACAUUGAUGAGAUCACCUGACUUGGAUGCCAUGACGGCACUCAAUGACAUCCGCUACCAAAGGCUGGUGGUCGAAAUGCUCAUCACCAAUGAGGAUGUGUUGUUCUGAGAGGAGGUGGAAUGAAGAGAAAACGGGCAAGAAGAUAUUUCACCAAUGCAGGGCAACUUGUCCCACCUGACUGGCUGUUUUUGUUAGUGCACUUGCCAGAAGCAGAAUGAAUUUUUUUGAAGAAAGUCAUCGAGAAAAUGCUAUCACUGAGCCACUCGUGUCAGUGCAUUCAAAACAAUGCUGUAUUUCCGUUCUUGUUUUUCAUGUUUAAGCUUUGUUGCAAUGAGCUGAGAGCUGGCCAUCAUGAGCCAGAAUUAAUAGAAAUGUGGCAGCAGGGCUUCCAUGGCAACCACAAGAACAACCAUGUAAUUACUCCGUUUCCUUGAAAGAAAACCUGAUUGUAUAUUGCUAAAACUGAGCAUAAAUAAUGUCAUAAAGCGCGGGUGACUGUAACAUGAAGGAUUUUGUUUGCAAUGUUAUUUUUUUUUUAAUUACAAUAGUGCCAUCUGAAAAAGGGGCCAAGUGAAGUCAAGAUGAUUUUGGUUUGUGCUGCCUUCUCCGAUAGCACAUACAGUAUAAAUGAGUCUGACCCCAUUUCUGUCGGGGGAAAAGGAGCAAUGAUUAAAUCUUACUUGAAUGUUUUCAUGAAGUUAAAUCAGAAUUUAAGGUGGUAAAAAAAAUAAAAAAUAAAAAACACCCUUGGCUGCUGGGCUGGCUGAUAUUGUAGAGAUGUACCAUAAUGUUUCUGGAUUUUCUAACAAAUCGGUUUUGUUUUUUGUGUGAUGUAAAAGAAAUAUAUAUAUCCUGUAUAUAUUUUGUUUUUGAUUCCAUCAUGUACUAACACUACCACACUCUGCUGAACCAUGAACCACUUAUGAGCCUUCCGUGAUCUGUGACACUUCUUCAGCAUCCUAAUUUUCUUUCUUUUUUUUACAUUGUCGUGAUGUUGAUGUAAACUAUUUUCUGUAUAGUAUGUAUGCAUGGAGAAAUUAAAUUAUUACAUAUGCCUAU